UCAUAACAUACACGUUAAAAGUCGGAAAAGAAACAAAUUUCGAAAGAAGCAGUUUAGUAAAAUUGUUAUUUGCACUCAAACGCUUAUCUUUCGAAAAUGGGUAACGUGAUGGCGUCCACAGAAAGCGUAGGGUCGUCUCGUGGGCGUGGGAAUGUGUCUUCCGGAUCGCGCUUGCAGGAGGCGUCUACCACCGCAGUAGCCGGAAUGCCGCCACAGAUGGUUAAGGAGUUAGAAGUGGAGGCUCGUAAGACGGAGCUGUCAAAUCCCGGAACAGUUGAGGAACUGCACAGUCGCUGUCACGACAUACAGGCCAACACCUUUGAGGGGGCCAAGAUCAUGCUGAACAAGGGGCUGAGUAACCACUUUCAAGUAACGCACACCAUCAAUAUGAACUCGUCGGCGCCAAGUGGUUAUCGCUUCGGAGCCACGUAUGUGGGAACCAAGCAAUACGGUCCGAAUGAGGCCUUUCCAGUUCUCCUUGGUGAAAUCGAUCCGUUGGGCAACCUCAAUGCAAACGUGAUCCAUCAACUGACCUCUCGACUGCGCUGUAAGUUUGCAUCUCAGUUCCAGGACUCCAAGUUGGUGGCGACCCAGUUUACGGGGGACUAUCGCGGUAGAGACUACACAAUAUCCUUGACAUUGGGCAACCCGGGCAUCCUGACGGGCUCCGGGGUUAUUGUUUGCCAGUACUUGCAGGCAGUCACCCAAAGACUGGCCCUUGGAUCAGAGUUGGCCUACCAAUACGGACCCAAUGUUCCCGGACGGCAAGUAGCUGUGUUAUCGGCGGUAGGACGCUAUGCUGUCGAUGAUUCCGUGUGGUCUUGCACUUUGGGACCUGGUGGCUUUCAUCUUAGCUACUACCAGAAGGCCAGUGAUCAGCUGCAGAUCGGAGUCGAGGUGGAGACGAAUCUCCGCCUACAAGAGUCUACGGCUUCGGUUGCCUACCAAGUGGAUCUCCCCAAGGCAGAUCUGGUAUUUCGUGGGAGUCUCGAUUCGAACUGGCACAUUGCUGGCGUCCUCGAGAAACGCUUGCAACCACUUCCGCUUUCGUUCGCCAUCAGCGGUCGCAUGAAUCAUCUUAAAAACAGCUUUCGGCUGGGCUGUGGACUCAUGAUCGGAUAAAUCGCAUCCAUUCAAGUCUAGUGAGGAACAAGGAUUUAUGAAGAUUAAAUUCAAAAAGCGAUUGCUUUCAUUUUACUAGGCCAUUAUACGCAAAGGCUGCCGAAUCUUUAAUUUAUCGGAUUUUAACAGUGCUCAGUUUAAAAAUUAAAAAUUAAAAUGUCAGCAACGAAUAUCAAAAA